CCGUCAACGCUUGGAGCUUUUUGGAGAACGGAGAGGAGGACACAAAUGAUGCAGGUACUUCAAGCGGAUCAGGAACCAGAAAUGGCAGACACAGAUAUUCCUUGCCUUCAGGUGUACAAAAAAUAGUUCCUUCAGUGAAUGCGACAUUGCUUAAUUCUUUUGAAGAUGAAUUUGGUGAAGUAACUGCUUGGAGAAUGUUGGACUACACGGUCAUGGUUCGUAUUGGUGGGAAGGAGUGUGUCUGGGGUGAUCUCCCGAAUAAAGUUCACACAAAUAUAGCACGGCGUUCUGUCACUGUUGUUUCGUUCAGCGGAGACAAGAUGUUUUUUGCAUGCACAGGCUUGCUUAUAAGUUGGCAUGAGCGGAGACGCACUCGUGUGGGCACACGGACACGUAUGCAUGCGCGCUCUGUCAUUCUGACUUCGGCCAGUCUGGCUAGAGCUUGCAAUGAUGAAGACGAGGUUGACGGGAACUUGAGGAUUGAGGUAUUUCUCGCACCACGUCAGCGUGCCAAUGGGACACUGGAAUUGUACCAUUUAGAUUAUAACAUUGCCAUCAUCAGUGUUGAUAAGCAAUUCGUUGCUGCUCGUCCAGAAGAUAUUUUCAACACAGUAGAGAAGCCGUCUAAAGUUGUAGUAGCUAUAGGGCGUGAAUAUGAAGAGGGAGCAUUAUUUGCCGCACUGGGUAAAGUAACUAACAAGCCUCGCAGCAAGCCUAGCGAACUUGACUGCAAAGACCUUAAAGCUGUCCACCUGUAAAAUCAAGAAGGUACACUGUUUAGUUUUUCUUGCAUUUUUUACAUAGUAACCUGUAUAGAUGCAUCAAAAUAUAUCCGACUUCUCUCAUCAUAUGAAAAAAAAAUCCAUGCUAGACUGCUAGCUAAGGCUUUACAACUUUUCCAUUUGA